AUGUCAAAUGCAAAGGGCACAGCUGUCAAGCCAGUUGAACGUCUAGCAUAUCCUACGAAGAUGGGGUACCCUGCCGGUGGCACAAAGAAAGAAAUCAGCGACGAAGAAUUAUUGGCAAGUCUCGUUGCUUCUCUGACGGACGCCCUAUACGACGCGAGGAGGAUCUGUGACAACGACUCCGGAAUUACGACCUUUCGACGCACCAGGGCUCUUGUGGCAUCUAUCUCCAGUGCCCUCUCAGAGGAUCCAGUUAUCAAGCAACUCGACUUAGAGGAACACGAGCAGAGUAUAGAUGGUGUCAUGAAGGAGCUUCUUCGCAGUUGCCAGUACGAUUGGCACGAUGGGUUGGAGGAACAAGGGGACUAUAUGUCUGAAAUUUGUCAAGAGAUGGCUGAGUGGCUGCGUGAUAUAUGGAGUGUUCUUGAGACCGGGGAAAACCUGUGCGAUGUGCGAGCGUGCAUUGCAUAUUGCGCAGAGACGGUCAGGAGCAUAUCAAAUGCUGAUAGCCGUGCCGGAUUUCACCACCAGGAAACCAACAUUUGCAUCAUGAACGAAGCUGAUGAAGUGAUCUAUGAAACCUCACAGCAUAUCGGCGAAACCCUGACCUGGUUUUACAAAGAACUCCUCGUCAUGGAUGCAGCUCAAGGAAAUGGGUGGCUCACAUCUACCAUACUAGCGGAUUUGAAGGCCUUUGACAAAGUAGAGGAUGUCUUCGAAUUGCUCCAAGAGCCCGAGGAGCACUGGACACUCGAGAUGCGCGCUGCCGCCGAGGACUUGAUUCGGAAAGAACAGAAUGCGCCGCGUGGAAAAUAG